AUUCAAAUCGCGAUGUAUCGUACCCUCAAAAAUGAUCGCUAAAGUACUGUAGAAAAACACCAUUGUCGGAAAGAAUUUUGCGAUUUUACCAAUUCAAACUCUCCUCAAAUUGAUUACGGUCACAUAAAAAUGAAAUAGAAAUGUAAAAAGAAUAAAGCCUUACUCAUAGUCAGUUGACAUUUGACGCCAUAUGCCUUCUGAACCCAAUUGUUUACAUAAAUGCACAAAACAAAAAGACCAAAGAGUUCCUUUUUUUAAGCCACACUGUAAUACCUAUAAAUCAGAAAACAAUAUAAAUAGCUCAGCCCAGUCUACCUUUUUCAGAUUAUUUUCUUUUCUUCACUCAUGCUUUUUUACUUACUGCUUCUUUAUCUAUAAAGGAUGCCUCUACUAUCUAACAAAAGCCAAGAAGAAAUCAAUCAAAAGAAAGUUCGCAGUUUGCUGCGUUCAAAGGAAAACAAAAAGUGUUUCGAUUGUCCAACGAAGGGUCCAUCUUUUGUAAAUACAACUAUUCAAACAUUCAUUUGCACUAGAUGUUCCGGCUUAGUCCGUGAAGUUGGACAUAGAGUCAAAGCUAUAUCAGCUAGCAAAUUUUCUGGUCCGGAAGUACUUGCGCUCGAACAUGGUGGAAACGAAAUAGCUUGUCAAAUUUGGCUCAGCAAUUAUAACACACAUGAUGCUCCGGAACCGCAAUCAGACGCCGAUGUACGUGCAUUUAUGAGGCAGAAAUACUAUGAACUUAAAUGGUUGAACGCGGCGUUGCUUCAGUCGCAUAAAGAAAAGGUCCUCGGAUUGAUCCAUAAAAAUUUUGAUGAAAAUGGCGUACCGCUUGUAAACAAAUCAAAAAAACAAGCUGUAGAUGCUUAUUCCCAAGUACCAUUGAUUGCUAAUGAAGAAAUGAAUAUCAUGCAAAAAGAAGACGUGACGGCUAUUUAUAGCUAUAAGCAGCAAUUAAAUCACUAUCACCCAUCUCCCUAUCAACUACCAAACCCUCCUUUAAGCCCUACCUCUCCAACUAGCCCAUACAAAUCGAGUCAAACAGAAGAUUUUGAUAAAUCUACUAAUCAGCCUUAUCUCUUGAAUUUAACGGCCUAUCCAGAACCUACGCAUAUACCUGCCUUCUAUACUGAACAGAGAGCAGUUGGAGAUAUGCUUUAUCGACGAAAUAGUAGCCGUCAAUCUACAUAUAGCAAUCAGGAUUCAUUCACAACUUCAUCUGAAAGUAUCCGAAGUUCCACAGAAUUCGACAGAAUUGACCAGUCCUAUUCUACUAUUAUACCUGAGCAAAGCUCAAUUACUUCAGCAUUCCCAUUGCCAUCAGUAGUAUUUCCUGAAUCAACCAAAAGCAUGCCUAUGCUAAACUUUCAUCAUAACAGUCAUAACCUCAAUACACCAUACCCACAGCUGCCAUAAGUCCUAAUCUCGUUGAUGCUCAAGCAUCGGUUGAUACAGAUAAAUAUCAAAGUAAUACUUGCUAUCGCAAGGCCGACGUUCCAACAGCUAUGGUGCCGGUAGAAUCAGCGAUGACGCCAGGAAAGGAAGCAUUAACAGCAGUUCAGGCCAUUGUAUCCAUGAAUGAGUUACCAUCUUUUCCUGAUUGUAGAAAAGUCACCACAAACCCAGCCGCAUCAGCAAAGCCAAAUAGUACAUUUGACAGCAUUAUUUCAGAUCUUGCAGGAUUAAAAUUGCAAAAGACAGCUAGAAGAG